GUCGUUUUACAAGGGAUACUUUUGUGCUAGUCUAUAGUAAUGUUGGUUCGUGCCGGCAGACGUGUGCUUUCGUUUCCAUGCACAGCUCUCAGGCGGAGUCACCCUUUUUCCCUAUCCACCCCGUUGAGGUUUAACGCAUCGAACUCGGAUGGAUCGGUGGGGGCACCACCACCACUACAGCAGCCCCCUUCGUCUACCGACCAGCCGCGCGUGUCCCCUCCAAAGAAGCGAGAUUCCAUCAACAGUGUAACCUUGGUUGGCGUUGCGCACGACAUCCAGACGGGGUACGUAUUCGAAGACGCCGUCACGCAGUUCACACUCACCACCACUAGCCUUGAUACCACAAACCCUACUCAGGAGUGCGUCGUAGAGAAGGACCAUCACACGAUCCGCUGCUUUGGUGACAUCUUCUCGCAAGAAAUCAAGAAUAAGGUGGUGGAGGGUAACGUUGUAUGUGUGAACGGGCGACUGCGGUUGAACCCACAGUUGGAGCCCUCAUGCAACAAGUACUUUUACUUUCCUUUUAUUCAUGUGCAACCCCCUCAUGGUCAGGUUAUGGUAGUGUACAGUGACCGCCGUGCACCACCUUCCCCGGUGGAAGCACCGAAUGGGGAAAUCGAAUCCAGCCCUUCAGAAGAAGGCAAGUGAGAGAAUUAUUUCAUAACACUAUUGUUUUAGAGUUUAUUGUUGAGCCCUUUUUGGUUUCCUCUGUUGUCAAAGGGUUGGUGCUAUUCACAUAGAUUUGACGUAAUAAAUAUCUGAAAUGAUAAGCUAAUUUUUUCUGCAAAAA